GUGAAAACAAGAUGAUGAAGUACGCGUUUAACUUACGAUGAAGCAAUUCAUUUCUUGAUUUUAAAUUUAUAUAUAUAUAUCCAAAAAGACAUUCAUCGUUUUGACGAACUCAUUUUUCCAAGUAUCGGUGUUUUUCAGACGGAUACAUUGGAUGUUUACACGAAACGAUGAAUAGUGAGUGCACUAAUGCUAUUGAACAAUAUUUUACGAUAUGUAAGAAGUAAUACGCUAAAUAAAAUAACAAGGCAAUUUAAAGGGGAAACCAAAGCUUAUUGAAUAUGCUGAGGGCAAUGAUAGAAAUUUCCCAGAAACGGUGAUUUGAAAGUUGCCCUCUACCAUGAACGCACCAACAUUUGCAGGUAUGCCUACGACCAUGCUUUCAGUGAAAAUGAUUUGCUCUGAAUGUCGAGAAGAUCCUCCUAAUCUUGUGGAGGAAUUUUCGAGUGGUGAUACCGUUUGUGGAAGCUGCGGGUUGGUUUUGGGCGAUCGAAUUAUCGAUACUCGAAGUGAGUGGCGCACAUUUUCAAAUUCGGAUGAAGCAGGUGGGGAUCCCAGUCGUGUUGGUAAAGUUGCAAACCCUCUUUUGAAUGGAUCUCAGUUGGAUACGGCCAUUUCUUCGCACGACGGAACUGGAGCAAUGUUAGCCAAGGCACAGGGACGGUCGGUUCAAGUACGUGGUGAAAAGAAUCUUUUGACGGCUUAUAAAGAAAUUGGUGCAAUGUGCGAUGCGAUUAGUUUGCCCAAGGUAAUUGCAGAUACUGCGAAACAGUUGUAUAAACGAGUAGAUGAUCACAAGGCGUUGAAGGGUAAAUCAUCGCAGUCGAUCAUUGCUGCCUGUAUUUAUAUUGCUUGUCGUCAGGGGAAGGUUCCUAGAACCUUUAUGGAAAUUUGUACUUUGACCAAUGUUCCCAAAAAAGAGAUAGGACGUGUCUAUAAGACAUUACAACGUAUGCUUACUGAGGGUGGUGCUCUCCAUAAUUCCGUCGAUGCCUUGAAAGGUCAAGAAUACAUCCAAAGUAGCUCUACUUCGGCUGAGGAUCUCAUGGUUCGAUUUUGUAACCGCUUGCUGCUUCCUAUGACCGUGCAAUCGGCCGCUGCCGAGUUGGCACGUCGUGCGGGUCAAGAGGGUACACUUGCAGGCCGCUCACCUAUUUCGAUCGCUGCGAGUGGGAUUUACAUGAUUUCUGCGUUAAUGGGAUUUCCCAAGACUCCGAAAGAAAUUUCGGAGGUUACGGGUGUGAGUGAUUCUACCAUCCGUAUCGCUUACAAGCUAUUGCAUGCAGAGCGUCAUAAGCUUGUCGAUUCCAAAUGGGUUGCAAAAAAUAGCACAAUGGAUGCGAUGUUGCCAAAGCCUUAAUUUGGAAUGGCGGUAAAAUAAGGGAUUUUGGUUUGUGUACGAUGUUGAAAACAAAGCUAUAUGAUGCACACUUAUGAUAUAAAUGACUAGAAAAAAAGAACGAAUGUUAUAAUAAUCUUAAUUGUUUUCUUUGUCGAUUGAUUUCAUAUGAACGUUUAUAUAAAAAUUAUUAUGAUAUCAAGUUACAAACGUGAGAUUAUAAAAAGCUUCAAGUAUUAUCGGUGAUUACCUGAUACAUAGAUGGAAAAUCAAUGAUUUAAAUGAUAGUUCGGCUAGAAGAAUCUAGUUCAAACAUGAUUAGCUAUUUACUCAUAAAAAAUGAAAUGACCAUGUUCACAA